AUGUCUGGAUCAAAUCCUUUCCGCCGUAGCAAGAUCAUCGCAUCCCCGCCCAUCACAAACAACAGCAACGAGCAAGGUGUCGUUCUUCCGUCGAUUCCGAAUGACGCGAUAACGUCCGGCGCAAGCAGCGUCGAGAUAAGCAAAAGUCAAUCAUCGUCUCAUCCUGACAUAGUGCGCAUCGCGACGCCUCCGCCGACGGACUCUACACCAUCGUACUUCCCCGCAGUAUCCUUUGCUGGGCUAACGACAACCCGUCGAGGCUCGCCUCCACCACCACCACAAUCGACACAACAAUCGGAACAAGAUGAAGACAGUUCCGAAGACGAGUCUGAACCCGACCCUUUUGAUCCGCGAUCUUCCGAUAGCGUCGUAAUUGAUCGUUCGACGAUGCCGCAACAGCAGCCAUUCCUAGCUGAGCAGUCGGUAGAAGAUGGAACAGCGUUUCCCAGCCGAGCCGCGCCGAGGAAGGAGGCGAAACCAACCAAUAUGCUUGAUGUCGAUGCGUUUACCAGGUUGCUUUUGACGGGUAGCGCGGAAGCUGCGAGUAUCCCCGCAAGUCGAAGAACGACUUCAAAUCCGGAUACGGUUUCAGCUAACACAAUUGAAUCGCCGAGUCGCGCUCAGACGUGGGUUUCUACUGGUAGUGUCAAUCAUGUGAGACAAACUAGUAGCGAGACUACAACCGCGAUCCCUAGAGCGUCUACAUUUACUGCUUCGGCACCAAACGAUAUUAACAGUACCCCAAGUCUCCGAAAACCAAAGCCGCCUCCACCCAGGUCUCACCAUGGCAAACCUAUCAAACCUGACGAUUCGGAAAGAGACAUAUCUAACUCUUCGACGCCAACGCCAAUUGGCUCGCCGUCGGAUCGUCGAGGGUCAGCAUCUUCGUUGUCCGUCAAAGUAUCUUCGCCGAGCAAUGAAUCUGCCGACGACGUUUCCUCGUUACAUCGAAGCUCAUCACAGUCGAAAAGACCACCUACACCACCUCUCGCUCGGCGCCACAGCCAGAUGAGACCCAACGCGAACCGACAAUCAAUCACAGAAAAGCCCAAUCGAUUAUCUCUACCAGCAAAGAGUCUGAGCUCUCAUAUGCAGGGCCCUCUGAGCCCAGGUAGCGGCACAAAGACACCUCCACGACCACCAUCACGACGUGUUGAAAGACCUAUCUCUGGAAUUCAAGGAGAGGCUGCUCUCUCUCAACUCAAAUCUUCAUUGUCGCAAAGCGAGUCGACGCCAAGCGACCAGCUUUCGGUCGAUGAGCAGACUACGCAAGCACCUACCAUAUCGUCUCCACCAUCACGAACACCGUCAAUUAAACAGGGUCUACCGGGAGCUGCUACAAACACGGGCAUGCUUCCACCCCCACCGCCGCCUCCGCGCAGACUUCGGGCGUCGAGUAAAAGUAGUACCACAGCAGUGUCUGUAUCAGUUGAUAGACCGAAUGCGCCGACGUCCACGGAACAAGCAGAUGUGCAGCCAUCGUCGCAGGCGCACGAUAUACUGGCUGAUCUGUCGCGUUUGCAGCGAGAAGUCGAUGAUUUGCGGGUUCACUACGAGGGGCGGAAGGUCAGCCAGUAG